AUGAGUGAUAUCGAUACGAGGGCAACGUCGGUCGUCACGCUCAACCCUAACGACCUGGAGCGGCCGUCAAUCCCUAGUCUGAAAGAAAAAGUAGAGUUGUAUAAUGCCCAAGUCGAUAUUGGGCAAGUCGAUGAAAAGGCUUUGGUGCGCAAGUUGGACCUGGCGUUGGUCCCUUGGCCGUCUUUUCUUUACCUCCUUACGUUCUUGGGUCGGACGAGUGUCGGGAAUGCAAAGUUGUACGGCUUGGACGAAGACCUGGGACUCUCCGACAGCCAAUACCUACUUAGUUUAACAAUCUUCUUCAUAAGUUAUGCACUCUUCGAAGUCCCCUCCAACGUCCUACUCAAAAAGCUCCGACCAUCCAUCUGGCUAUCCCUCAUGAUGUUUAUUUGGGGUUUAAUCAUGCUCUCCCAAGCCUUCGUUCGCGACUUUCCUCAAUUGAUGGCCGUCCGAUGGUUGCUUGGCAUGUUUGAAGCUGGAUUGUUCCCUGGAGUCAGUUACUACCUCUCAUGCUGGUAUAAACGCUCGGAAUACGGUCUCCGUGCAGCAUGGUUCUUCUCGGCUGGUACCAUCGCAGGCGCAUUCGGAGGUUUACUCGCGGCGGCUAUCUCCAAAAUGGACGGCAUCGCAGGCAAACCUGCGUGGGCGUGGAUCUUCAUUCUGGAGGGCAUCUUAACCGUCAUCGUCAGCACCGCGUCCUUCUGGAUCAUCCAAGACUUUCCCGAAACCGCCAAAUUUCUAACAGAGGCCGAACGGACUGUCGUGAUCCGCCGAUUGCAGUCCGACAACCAGUUUAGCGCCGGUGGAGAAAAGUUCAGAAAGCGGUACCUGUGGCAGAGUUUGAAGGAUUGGAAGACUUGGAUUGGAAAUGAGCUUAUGCGGGAUCUCCUUCGUAGUGGUAUCUAUCCGACAGUCCCCAAUACCAUAGCUUGGAUCUCCAAUAACGUAGAGGGGUCGUACAAGCGCAGCGUCUCUCUCGCCAUGGUGAUCAGUCUUGGAAAUAUCAAUGGUGCCGUUGGUUCCAAUAUCUACCGAGCGAAGGAUCGGCCUUACUAUACCCUUGGGCACGGUCUGGUACUAAUGUACCUCGCCCUCGGAAUGAUUUUCUCCGGACUCUACCUGUUCCUCUUGAAAAUGGAGAACGCAAGGAGAGAUCGUGGAGAACGGGAUGAAAUUAUCGGUGGUGAUCCCAGCACUACCACCACGACCACCACUACUACUACGACUUCUAGUGGAGACUCGAAAUGGUCUAAGAAUGGUAGUUUUGCCACUGUGGCGGAAGCGAAGCGGGAGAAGGGUGAUUUAUGGAGCGGGUAUAGAUACGUUCUUUAG